AUGUCUGUUCGCUGCCAGCAGAGUCCGGUGCUGGCAGGGAGUGCCACUUUGGCCGCCCUGGGGGCACUGGUCCUGUACCUCGCGGAGCCCUCCGGCUACGGGAAGUACUCGGAGAACCUGAUGCCGGUGGCUAUCCGUCUGCCCGCCCGCGCCGCCUGGUUCCUGCAGGAGCUGCCCUCCUUCGCGGUGCCCGCGGGGAUACUCGCAGGGCAGCCCAGCUCUCUUUUGGGUCCGCCUGCGACUGUGCUUCUGGGCCUCUUCUGCGCACAUUACUUCCACAGGACAUUUGUUUAUUCACUGCUCACUAGAGGGAGGCCGUUUCCAGUUGUAUUCCUUUUCAGAGGCUUUGUCUUCUGCAUGGGAAAUGGACUCCUCCAAGGCUACUAUCUGGUUUACUGUGCUGAAUACCCUGCUGAGUGGUACACAGACAUACGGUUUAGCCUGGGUGUCUUCUUAUUCAUUUUGGGAAUGGGAAUCAACAUUCACAGUGACUAUAUAUUGCGCCAGCUCAGGAAGCCCGGAGAAAUCACCUAUAGGAUUCCACAAGGUGGCUUGUUCACGUACGUUUCUGGAGCCAAUUUCCUCGGUGAGAUCAUUGAAUGGAUCGGCUAUGCCCUGGCCUCUUGGUCCCUCCCAGCGCUUGCAUUUGCGUUUUUCUCACUUUGUUUCCUUGGGCUGCGAGCUUUUCAUCAUCAUAGAUUCUACCUCAAGAUGUUUGAUGACUACCCCAAGUCUCGAAGAGCCCUCAUUCCAUUCAUCUUUUAA